AUGGCCUACUUCGACAUGCGCCAGACACGUACUGCCAAUCGGACUCACGUCCUCGCCAUUCUUCUCUUCGUCGUUUUCAUAUACUUUCUCUACAGCAUCAACUCUGUCUCCUCCCCACCAUCCGACCUGCGUCAACGUAAAUCUGACGCCGCUGCCGAAAACCCUCUCAGCCCACCAACCUCAGCCUUUCGAAAACAGCAGAAUGGGCCCGGCUCGCGCGGACUGCGCAGACCACCUCCAGUCGUCCAUUAUAACCUCAAUAAUCUCACCGCCUCAACCUUCCCGGAGAAGAACAAUGAGAAAAUCCUAAUCCUCACCCCCCUUGCGCGCUUCUACCCCGAAUACUGGUCAAACCUUCUCGCCCUGACCUAUCCCCAUGAACAUAUCAGCCUUGGUUUUGUCACGCCCAAGAACAAAGAAGGUAACGCAGCCACAGCAGCAUUGCAAGAAGCGAUCAAGAUCACUCAGUCUGGCCCAGAAGAGCAACGUUUCCAAUCAAUAACCAUCCUAAGGCAGGACUUUGAUCCCCCCAUUGUCUCUCAAGAUGAAAAGGAGCGGCAUCGGUUGGAAAACCAGAAGGCUCGGCGUGCCGCCAUGGCACUGGCACGCAACAGCCUUCUCUUCACCACCAUAGGUCCGUAUACCUCUUGGGUACUGUGGCUCGACGGAGACAUUGUCGAGUCCCCUCCGACAUUGAUCCAAGACCUAGCAAGCCAUGACAGAGACAUAAUUGUACCCAAUUGUUUUCAAAGAUACAUCAACGACAACGGUGCACCGGACGUCCGACCUUAUGAUUUCAAUUCAUGGCGUGAUAGCAGUGUUGCACAAGAACUCGCUGCGUCUAUGGGUCCAGAUGAAAUACUGCUCGAGGGCUAUGCCGAAAUGCCAACGUAUAGGUUACUGUUGGCUAAAAUUGCCAAGUUUGCUGGAGACCCGGAUUAUGACCCGAGGCGUCUCUUGCCAUUAGAUGGAGUGGGCGGAACUGCACUCAUGGUCAAGGCUCAUGUGCAUCGAGAUGGAGCCAUGUUUCCUCCAUUUCCCUUUUACCAUUUGAUCGAAACCGAAGGCUUUGCCAAGAUGGCGGGACGGCUCCAUUAUGAGUCUUACGGUCUGCCUGAUUAUUUUGUGUACCACUAUAACGAGUAG